GCAUAGGAACUGCAAACUGUGAAGGAAGGAGAAGGUCUGGAGGAGGACCUCGUGAAUGAAUGAGAAGAGUGAGGCAGGGACAGAAGUACGGAAGGGAAGAUAGAGAGGGGGGAGAGUGCAAUGGAGACACCAGGCGUGGAAGGAUCAGGAAGAUCGCCACCAGCAGCGCCACAAAUGGAGCGGGAUUAUUGGGAAGAUGAGGACCGAAUACGGGAACUUUUGGCAAUGCGUUUUGACGAUGGGAUUUAUCCCACAGAUUUAUAUCCAGGGGAGAUGGUGAUGGAAGGCAGAGAGGUGCGCUUUAAGCUAAAUACCUCUUUGGACGAUAUUAAAGUUAAGUGGCUAAAAGAAAGAACGGUCACGGUUAUUUAUAAGGAUGCGGCGAGAUUCCUUACGAAGAACGUCAAGGACGAUUUAGUUAGGGCAUUCGAGGACGGAUGGAUCAUUGGAAACGAGAACCUGACGGAAAAUUCUAGACGAGGGAGGGUUAAGAUAGAGGGUCCAGGGGUAGCUUCGUAUGUGGCGAAGGCAAGGGAAAUCCCGCUCGACGACAUGUCGUUUAUCUAUGCACAAAUCGAAAAGGCGAUUGGUAAGAUUGUACUAGCACACCCGGCGGAUGCAGAUCCAAAUAGGCCCUCACUAGUCAACGCACGCUUCAAUUUGGAUCCGGAGGCAAGACAAAACAUGAAGGACGUAUUGUGGAUUGAGACUGCGAAAGGAGAUACCCUGGAGGUUCGGCUUGCAACAUCUGAAACGCCGAAAUGUGGGAAGUGUAGGCAAUUCUUUCAUACGGAGAAUGAAUGCAGACGGGGAGGUGGCCAAAGAAAUCAAGGGAUAGCAGGAGCGAUGUCGAAUAAUCAGAUGCAGAACCUUCAACAAGGACAAGUGGUCAGCGGACAAGGCGGAGGUCAAAACUCAAGGGGAUACCAAGGCGUAAUGCGGCCACGACAAGGAACUCCGGCACCAUCAGGAGCGGCCAGUCACGACGAAGCAACCCGGAUGAAUCCAGUCUUCUCGCCACGGGGAGGUAACUCACCGCGGAUGGGCCAAAUGGUCGUCCCAGUGAUGGGAAACCCGGCGAUGGGCAGCUUGUUGGGGAAUCAAAGUCAAGCACCAACUGGAGCAGGGCCGAGUAACCUGCUAUAUGGGAUGCCCCCGCUGCAAGGCAUGGGACUGCAGGGUAACUGGUGGCAAGGGGGAACUUUCCCGACGGAUUGGUUAAUGGCUAGUGGUUACAACCCCACUCUAUGGCCUGGGAUGAUGAUGGGGAGUCAGGGUGGACAAGGCGGCAUGGGGUUGGGUGGAUUGGGAGGUCAGCCAGGAGACUCAGAGAUCCAGCAGCAGGGGAUUCCAACAACCUCUAUACCUGGAGCAGCAGGGUCAUCGGCGGCAGGGAGGGAUGCGAACAAGCCAUCCCCCUCGGGGCGAGGAAAUUCGAUGGGAGGAGGUGGGGAAGAGGAUAAGAAGAAAGAGUUGGAGAAUACUCCAGGCCGAUCGAGAGGGAGAGGGGUCGGCAAGCAACGAAGGCUUAGCCUGACCUCGCUGCCGGAGGUCACACCGGAACACUCAAGAAGUUCACGGAUCUCAAGAGAAGACUCAGGGAACUCGGUUAGCCAAGAAUUGGCUGCUGUGACGCCAGGGAACAAAACCACAAGGGGCAGAAGGUUAGCCUCAUCGCGGGAACAAGGUUCAGAGAUGGCCCAAUACCUAUUGCCGUUGCUUUGCACUUUUGAUCGUAAUUCUUACAGGGUUAUAGCCUGGCAAAAAGAUGCAAUCGCAGAAUUGAAGAUUCGUCUUCCGAAGGACAAAAGGCUGGAUUCCAAUUUUGUAAAAACAGCCCUUACGCAGGGCUGGCCAGCAGGGGAGGAUUCACGGUCCCAAAUCCAAUCUAGGCAGGGCAGUGGUCACAGGAAUGACUAAUUAUAAGAUCGUCUCAUGGAACCUUCAGGGACUAGGUGACACCACGGGUAGAAACAAGAGGAUGACAGUAAAGUCGUGGCUGCACG